AUGGAGGAUGUGACGCCAGGCAGCAGCAGCAGCAGCAGCAGCAGCAGGAACAGCUGGGAGCAGCAGGCGACCCCAGGCGUGAGGACCUACACUUGUGACCACUGCGGCAAAGUGUGCUCCACCAAGGCUGCCAUUGCCAGACACGUCCUCUCCCAUGCCGGCAAGACAAGGCUGAGAGGCAGGAGUGGCCCCACUGAACACACUGCCACACACACUGGCGGCAGGAACCACAAGUGUGACCACUGCGGGAAGACAUUUGCCCGGAAGAGUCAUCUUGCAUCACACAUCCUCACCCACACUGGGGAGAGAAAGUUCCAGUGUCUGGAGUGUGGGAAAAGAUUCACCCAGAAAGGCCAUCUUGACACACACAUCCUCACCCACACUGGGGAGAGAAAGUUCCAGUGCCUGGAGUGUGGGAAAAGAUUUACCCAUAAAGGUAAUCUUAACAAACACAUCCUCACCCACACUGGGGAGAGAAAGUUCCAGUGCCUGGAGUGUGGGAAAAGAUUUACCCUGAAAGGUGAUCUUAACAGACACAUCCUCACCCACACUGGGGAGAGAAAGUUCCAGUGCCUGGAGUGUGGGAAAAGAUUUAUUCAUAAAGGUCAUCUUAAUCAACACAUCCUCACCCACACUGGGGAGAGAAAGUUCCAGUGCCUGGAGUGUGGGAAAAGAUUUACCCUGAAAGGUGAUCUUAACACACACAUCCUCACCCACACUGGGGAGAGAAAGUUCCAGUGCCUGGAGUGUGGGAAAAGAUUUACCCAUAAAGGUAAUCUUAACAAACACAUCCUCACCCACACUGGGGAGAGAAAGUUCCAGUGCCUGGAAUGUGGGAAAAGAUUUACCCUGAAAGGUGAUCUUAACAGACACAUCCUCACCCACACUGGGGAGAGAAAGUUCCAGUGCCUGGAGUGUGGGAAAAGAUUCACCCAGAAAGGCCAUCUUGACACACACAUCCUCACCCACACUGGGGAGAGAAAGUUCCAGUGCCUGGAGUGUGGGAAAAGAUUUACCCUGAAAGGUGAUCUUAACACACACAUCCUCACCCACACUGGGGAGAGAAAGUUCCAGUGCCUGGAGUGUGGGAAAAGAUUUACCCUGAAAGGUAAUCUUAACAAACACAUCCUCACCCACACUGGGGAGAGAAAGUUCCAGUGCCUGGAAUGUGGGAAAAGAUUUACCCUGAAAGGUGAUCUUAACAAACACAUCCUCACCCACACUGGGGAGAGAAAGUUCCAGUGCCUGUAG